AUGGCGGGGGCUCUCCUCUCCUCUCCUCACUCUCUCCCGAGCCCCAGUUCUCAGUCCUCGCUUCGCCCCAGGCACGCGCUCGCUCCGCCGCUUACACGAUUCCCUACUCGCCGCCCAUUCGUGUUACUGUGCACAGAACACCAACCCUCCUUGACUGCGUUCCUGAUUGUUGGUUCCUGGGGAUUGCGCAGGAGCAGGGGACCGCUCGGCGCUGGGGCAGCGCGUGUUCUGCCACCGAGGAGGAGGGCCUGUGUGCUCUCUUCGUGCUCUCGCGAGCCUGCCGCCAGGAACCGCGGCUUGGAGGUGGAGAGGAGGCGCCUUCUCAUGUCCGGGCUCGUGUCUUCUUUCACAAUCGUGCUCCCGAUUUCAGAAGCAUAUGCUGUCAUGGAGACUGAUGAAGACGUGAAGAUGAACACACAAGUUGAUGAGAUCAAUGCAUACUCUUUUCUUUACCCGGUUGAACUGCCAGGAAAGAAAUUUUCCUUCAAAUGGGUAGAGUCCAGAAAACCAGAGCGAUAUUCCUCUGCAGCGCCACUAUCACCUGAUGCACGGCAACGUAUUGUAUCGGAGCGAGUUGACAUGAUACAUAAUGUUGUCAUCUCAGUCUCGAUUGGGCCACCGAAUUCACGUUUUUUGCCUUCAAAAGACAAGAGCUCGUGGGAUCCAAAAGAUGUUGCUGAUUGCAUUUUGUCUGAUAGAUCUACCCUGAAGGUGACGACUGGCCAGCGCAUGACAGAGAGUUCUGUUCUUGAUGCACACGCUACAAAGGUUGACGGAGAACCAUACUGGUAUUAUGAGUAUCUUGUUCGGAAAUCACCAACAAAAUCUGCACCAGAACCAAAUUUGUUUCGACACAAUGUAGCCUGCACUGCUGAGCGUGAUGGGUACCUGUACUCACUGAAUGCUUCCACCCUUAGCAAACAGUGGGAAUCUAUGGGUCCCUUUCUACAACAGACUGUGGCAUCCUUUCGCCUUCUCCCCCCUACAGAAAACUAUGUUCCUCCCUACAAGGAUCCUUGGAGAUUUUGGUGA